UCAUAAUAUAUUGUUGUGCCAAAGAAACCGAGUAUGGCCGAGCUGCUGUAGUAGACCUUGUGUUAGCAACUAUCCAUAGACAUGCUUUUAAUUAUGCACUCAAGUACUUUUUCUAGCCUUACAUAUUUCAGCUCUGCAAAUUGUCAUAAAGUGUAAUAAAAGCACGGAUUGUAAAUGACAAGAGUCAUUGUAGGUGUCUGUAAAAAUUGUCAUAAAAGUAAAGGACAGCCCAGAUUUUCAUGUUACUUAACUGUUCCAACUCCAUUUAGCUUAGAAUCUUAGGAGGCACAUGGUCAUGUGGAUUCUCCUUUUGAAUGGUAGUGAUGUAACAAAGAGAUUGGCUUCUAUUAGUCUUCUGAGGAAGGAAGGAAGGGUGGACUCAGACUUCAAGACGCCUCGAGACAAGACAUAGGAGAACUGACGACAAGGCAUUUUGAUGACUUGAUCCCGCUGCAUGUACCUUGCGGUGAUGUCUGCCUCAGAGCCCUAAAACCAAUGAAACAAUAAUCAAAGAUCCAAGGUAUUGAGGAAUACAACAUAUAUCAGAAUUUCACAGUGGAAUAUUAGAUCGUUAAUGUGAAGAUACGCCAACAUUAAACCUGAACUCAUUAUCUGGUACCAUUUGAAAAAGACACCGUGGAGAAUAAGUCAGUUGUGAGGUGGAUCAUGGAAAUCAAAGAGGAAGGAACAUCAGAAGAAGGCCAGCAUUUUCUUCCCGCAGCUCAGGCAAAUGACCCUGAGGACAUUCGGUUUACCAGCAUUCAGAAGAUUCCCAAUGAGCCACAGUUGGAAUUCAUUCUUGGAAAAGAAGACAAUGAGAUCUGUUGCCAGUGCUCAUAAUAUGAGAAUGUACAGAACUGUGCCUAGCAUGACAAGCUGCUCAAGAAAAGCAGGCUCAUCUAUUAAAAAACUUAGACACAUAGAAGGACUUUCAUUAACCUGUAUGCCAAGGUCAUUCACUCCUUCCUGCAGGGAUCUUGUGGCUCCUGUCAGUGAUCGGAAACUGAAUACAGUAGUACAGAUCUCAGUAAUCCACCCGGUGGAGCAGACCCUGACGAGGUACUCCAGCACAGAAAUUGUGGAGGGAACAAAAGACCCAGUGUUCCUGACUGGUGUCACAUUCCCAUCCGACUACCCCAUCUAUGAAGAGACCAGAAUAAAACUGACAGUCUACGAUGUCAAGGAUAAGUCUCAUAAUACGAUUCGAACCAGUGUCCUUCCGGAACACAAGGAUCCCCCGCCAGAAGUUGCGAGAAGUUUCCUGGGCUGUGCCAGUUUUAAAGUUGAGGAGCUGCUGAAGUCCAAGGAGCAAGUGCUGGCCCUGAGCCUGAGAACCUCAGAUGGUGGCAAAGUGGUCGGCACCAUAGAAGUCAGCCUUGUGAAGAUGGGAGAGAUUGAGGAUGGGGACACUGACCACAUCACAACAGAUGUGCAGGGACAAAAGUGUGCACUAGUAUAUGAAUCCACAGCACCAGAAAGUCUGAGCGGGAAGGAAAACCUCCCUUUUAUGAAUGCAGUGUUAAGGAAUCCUGUGUGUAAACUAUAUAGAUUCCCCACAUCUGACAAUAAGUGGAUGCGAAUCCGUGAGCAGAUGUCAGAAAGCAUCCUUUCUUUCCAUAUUCCUAAGGAAUUGAUUUCCCUUCACAUAAAAGAAGACUUAUGCAGAAACCAGGAGUUAAAAGAACUUGGUGACCUUUCCCCACACUGGGACAACCUACGGAAAAAUGUCCUUUCUCACUGUGAUCAAAUGGUGACUAUGUACCAAGACAUUCUGACAGAACUCUCCAAGGAAACAGAGUCCUCUUUUAAAUCCAGCAGCAGCAAAGGAGAGAAAACAUUAGAAUUUGUUCCAAUAAAUCUACACUUGCAACGGAUGCAGGUGCACAGCCCUCACCUGAAAGAUGCUCUCUAUGAUGUCAUCACUGUGGGGGCCCCAGCUGCCCAUUAUCAGGGAUUCAAGAAUGGUGGUCUUCGUAAACUACUUCAUAGAUUUGAGACAGAGAGAAGGAACACCGGCUACCAGUUUAUUUACUAUUCACCCGAGAACACAGCGAAGGCGAGGGAAGUUCUCAGUAGCAUCAAUCAGCUGCAACCUCUCAUCGCGACUCAUGCAGACCUGCUGCUAAACUCAGCCAGCCAGCGUUCUCCAGACAGCCUGAAGAGCUCUUUAAAGCUGCUUUCAGAAAAAACUGAGCUUUUUGUCCAUGCCUUCAAGGAUCAGCUGGUCAGAAGUGCUCUCUUAGCUCUCUACACGGCAAGGCCAGGAGGCAUCCUCAAGAAGACACCCUCUCCUAAGGUCAGCACAGAGGAGAAAAGUACCCAGCAGGAUACCCCACAGCUUAGAAGACAAGACUCCAUACCACACCAUUCUGACUAUGAUGAUGAAGAGUGGGAUAGGGUGUGGGCCAACAUGGGAAAGAGCCUGAACUGCAUUAUCGCUAAAGUAGACAAACUGAUUGAGAGAGACAGUCACAACAAUGAAGAAGGUGCUGGAAGCAGCAAUAGCAAGGAUGGAGAGGAGGACCCUACCAUGGAAGAUUCCAUCACAUCUCUCCCAAGGGAGGACUGGUAUGAACAGCUGCACCCACUCAUUCUUACCUUGAAGGAGUGCAUGGGAGAAGUGGUGAGCCGAGCAAAACAAUCCCUGACAUUUGUACUGCUUCAGGAACUAGCCUAUAGUCUGCCCCAGUGUCUGAUGCUGACUCUGAGAAGAGACAUCGUCUUCAGUCAGGCGCUUGCUGGAUUGGUUUGUGGUUUUAUCAUCAAAUUACAUACAAGUUUGCAUGACCCUGGCUUCCUACAGCAACUUCACACAGUGGGCUUGAUAGUACAGUAUGAAGGGCUGCUAAGUACUUACAGUGAUGAAAUUGGAAUGCUGGAGGACAUGGCUGUUGGAAUUUCAGAUUUGAGGAAGGUUGCAUUUAAAAUAACUGAAGCCACAUCCAACGAUGUUCUCCCUGUUCUCACAGGAAGGCGUGAACACUAUGUGGUGGAGGUCAAGCUUCCAGCUACAGUAUUUGAGUCGCUCCCUCUGCAGAUUAAAGAAGGCCAGUUGCUUCACGUGUAUCCUGUUCUGUUUAAUGUUGGAAUCAAUGAGCAGCAGACUCUGGCUGAGAGGUUUGGAGAUGUUUCUUUGCAAGAAAGUAUUAAUCAAGAAAAUUUUGAACUUGUACAAGAAUAUUAUUCAAUAUUUAUGGAAAAGAUGCCUCCUGAUUAUAUUUCACAUUUUCAAGAACAAAAUGAUUUAAAAGGACUGUUGGACAAUCUCCACCAUAAUAUUCAAGCCAAAAAAAGAAAAAAUGUAGAAAUCAUGUGGCUGGCAGCAACGAUUUGUCGGAAACUCAAUGGCAUUCGUUUUACCUGCUGUAAAAGCGCCAAAGACAGGACAUCAAUGUCAGUGACACUGGAACAGUGUUCCAUCCUGAGAGACGAGCACCAACUGCACAAAGACUUUUUCAUCAGAGCAUUAGAUUGCAUGAGAAGAGAAGGAUGCCGCAUAGAGAAUGUCUGGAAGAAUAUCAAGUGCAGGAGGUAUGCUUUCAACAUGAUACAGCUGAUGGCUUUCCCCAAGUGCUACAGGCCUCCAGAAGGCACUUACGGAAAAGCUGACACCUAAGUGUACCCACAUGGAGGCAAACAGGAACACAAAUACAUUGGGCUUUGAAGAUCUCCACCUCUGUCAUUUUUAUUUUUUAUCAUUAUGAAUUUGUGGGGUGAGACGCUCAUGGGUGUUGCUCACAAGAAGACCGAUAAAUUAAUCAGAAAGCGACCCAGAUCUGAAGCCUUACCAGCACUUCCAUGUCCCGCCUAUCUGUUCUCCUUUGAGUUAACACACCUCACUGGUUGAGGUUAGUUGAGAAAGUGCAAUUCCAUUUGCAGGGUAUUUAAUAAAACAUGUCCUGAGGAAACAAGGUUGCUCCCAUGGUGCCAGUGGUGACUCAGAGAAUGCUACACUCCACCUAACAAGUAAAGGCUCAUGUGAUGCUGCUUUAGAGUCUUGACUACAGACAGCCUCACAGUUCAGCUUACUGGUGUUUAUAAAAUACGUGUGUGUAUAGUAAAUGCAAUUAGGGGAUGGUAAACCAUGCCCUUGAUUACUGGCAUGGUUUGCAGAUAUGUUUGAACAAAUCUUUGUCAUCCAGUUCAGAUGUGAUUCCACUUUCUAAGCUGGUAGAUGAAAGUGUGACCAGAGUCAUGAUGUACAACACAAAACUAUGGCUCUUCACAAAACUCUGAUGUGGAUAACCCACCUAGACACAGCAAUGUAGAGCCUUUAAUGGUAUACUGGGAAAACACUUUAAGGCACUAAAGUUGCAAAGAAAUUUAAGGAUAGUGCCUGCUGAUGACCUAAAUGCAAAUCUCCAGCAACUUGAAAUUCACUUGGAAAUAUUCAUAGAUGUGAGAGAUGGAGGGAAGGAGGGAAGGAGGGAGGGAGGGAUGGAGGGAGGGAGGGAGAAAGAGAGAGAGAGAGAGAGAGAGAGAGAGAGAGAGAGAGAGAGAGAGAGAAAUCUUUGAGAUAUUCCCUGGGAGUCCUCUUAAGUGUGUGAGUUUGCUUUCUAUCAUAGGUCAAUAUAUGUGAAGUGGAGAGCCCUAAAACAUGUGUGCAGCCAUAAACAGUAAUAAAUUAAUACAGUACCUGUCAGCUAAUCUGGAUUUCAUAUUUGUCCUUACAGUAAAAUAACACCAAAUGUAAAAUUACUAAUAUUCCAAGUUAGUCGUUUCCUUGGAGACCAUGUUGCAUGAGACCACCAUGCCAAAAAAGCAAAUAAAUUAAGGCAGUGUACUUGGUGACUACAGAAUAGCAAUCUCAGCCACCCUUGCCAUCUCGCUCUUCAAACUUCCUAACCUACAGUUUCCUUCUUCUCCAGAUUGCUAUGCUAACUAUGUAUGAAAGUUGACAGAGGAGAGUCAAAUAGAAAUUAGAAUUUUUCACUGAAUUAGCAUUCAGAUUAAAGUGAUAUGAAACAAAUUGUAUUCUUCUCUUUCUCCAAGCACAUAUCUAUCUCCCCAGAACAUGCUAGAGGCUUCUUACACUGAUAGCUCUCAGCUUUGACUUUAUUCGUAGGGUAGCAUCAUAGCCAUUUGUCUAAAAGGCUCCCUCCUUCAAGUAGACAUCUAGUCUCAGGAUGAGUUUUCCAAGAGACUGAAAACAGAAGAUAACCCUCAGAGGCUUCUCACGGUGGAAAUAUCCAUUCUUUUUAAAGCUAAUGACCUAUGGCUUUCACCAAACUAUUUAUAUAUGAAAUUAUCUUAGUGUUCUCAGACCUCUUCUCGAUGUCAGUAAUUUAAUACAAUGUUUGUAGUUAUUCUGUUUGUAUCAAGGUGGCAGGAUUUGUGGCUAUUUUUGUUACUGUACUGAGUUUAAGAUAAACUGAGUUGCAACCUCAGAGGUUUUGUGUCUAUCCCUGAGCUUUUUUUAGUAUUUCAAGUAGGGAUAUUCAGUUCAGGACAUCUUAUAUAAGUUUUAGGUCAUAAACAUUUUAUAAACAACAGUUCAUGCUUAUAUAUUUUUAUAAAUUAACCAUCUUGAUUCAAAUAUGGUAAAUAUUUAUUAACUGGAAAGCCAGUAUUAGGGUUUUCCAGUUAUGCCUGACAUUUCAUAGGAUAUUUUUUCUUUGUCAAUAAAUGCUUAUGUAGAAAUAUCAAAGGUCAACCUCUAUAAUUCACAGAUGCACAGUAAUGACGUUUUAUUCAUUGACAGCAGCCCCAUUUCUUAUGGGAAUUGUACGUAUAUACAUCAUUUCCACAGAGAAUUUUAACAAGAAAAUUCCUAUUUCCUAAGUGUGACUGCUCUUCUCUAAAUGCACUCAGGCAACCAGACCAUGACUCAUCAUUACCAAGACUUUUCAGAACCAAACAGUAAAUGAAACAUUUAAAAAAUCUCUCUUGCAUAAACACAGCUGUAGUCAUGUGGCUCUAUCAGCUGUCUCAAACAUGCUUUCAUUUAAGAACUAUACCAGCAGGCAGAUCUGAGGAGAAUACAUAGAGUCAAACAAUUUAUCAAGAAAAUGGCAUAUCCAAACAAUGAACUGUUUUUUUUUUCAUUCUUUCUCAAAAAAAAAAUAUGUUUUUCUCCUUAUCAAAAUCAGGUAUCAAUAUAUCAAUUCUGGUUUAACUACUGACAGAGCAAUCAGAGAACUAUAUUAAAAGCAAAAAAAAAAAAAAAUAAUGAGAAGAAUAAGAAGAAGAACACACCCAUGAUUAUAAUCCAAAGGUCUAGAGUGUGGGUGUAUUCUCAGGACAACUAAAUGUCCACUUCAAACAUUUGAUUGAAAAAGAAGUACAUUUGUGUGCAGUGGCUCACUGAGUUUCCACCUCUACUUUUCUUCCUAAAUAUUGCCUUGAACUUUGCCACACACUGCUAACAUUUUGGUCAGUCUGGUAAUCCAGUAGGGCCAUAAAAACUAUAUGAUGUAGCUGAUGAAGUCUUUAAAACCAGCCCCUCCCCAGCCAUGCAAUACUCUCUAUGGCCACUAGGCAUGCAUGAAACCAUUGCUUAGGACAAACAGUGCUGCCUGGAAAGCCAGCCCAGACUGGGCCAUGCAGCCCCUCCCCACUGCUUUUCACACAUUAAGUGAUUUUUAUAAAAUAGGGUUCAGAAUGGUAAAAGGGAAAAGUGUGAUAUUUUUUCCUAAUCAGACCCCUCUCUCUGUAAAGAUGCUGUGCCAGGAGGCCUUCUCCCAGGUGUCUCUGAGGUGGCCGAUUCAUGAGAGACUGUCAAUGAGUUUUCUGUAAUUGUCCAAACUGGCUGUUGCACACGACCAUGAUUAUCCAUGUUAUGAAAUGAAUUUGUUAAAAGUAAAGAUGAAAGUCAAAUCUUAUCACUUCCUGGCUUGUUUUUAAACCAGCUUUGCUAGAAACUAUAUUUCUAAAUGUAGUUGGCUCCGGUGGUUCUGCAUUGUUCCAAUUCUGUAUCGGUAAUACGCAACCGUGAACCACUGGACUCCACAUUUAGGAACACAGUGCUGGUAUCUUGAACUCUCCGACCAUGGGAAUACUUAAACCACAGAAAUUGACAAAUGUUAUAAACUAGGAUAUUUAUUUUCUGGAACGCCAAUUGUGAAGCAUUUACCAGCCAGAGCAUGGCUCCAGGCCAAUCCAGAUAUUUUUUUUCUCUAGAAAAUAAUAAAUUAUUGGAAGGAGGAUAAUAUUAGGAUGGUUUUUAAAGGAAAGCAGUCUUUUAUCAGAUUAUUAUAAUUUUAUUUUAGAUUUUGUUAUCCUUAAGGAAUACUGCUAGUCUAUCCAGGAUAAUUCAGUUACUAAAAAUAAAACAAUUGUUUGCUUUAUUAAUUAAAUUAAUCAUCUACUGCAAGUAGUCCUUAGAAUUCUAGCCUUAUUGUAAACAAUAUGUCAGCACUAAAUUCAGGGAAAUGUUAAUGUAAUCAUAAUAUCCCAAAUUAUACUUCAUCUCAAUUUAUAAGUUUAUGAUUAUAGCAUUGUUGAAAGGAAAAGCAGAAUUAUGUCACUAUACCCAAUGAUUACUAAAUUGAGUACAGUUGAAACCUAUCCUGUUUAAUUAAAUAAACUCUGUCAAUAAAACAAUAUAGAUAUACAUAUUUGAUUCUGAUGGAUGUGACACAACAUUUUAGUCCAAUCUGUGGGACACAUUUUGUAAUCUCUUAAGAAAUAAAUAAAUUUUUAAAACACAUUUGAGGAAUAUGUCUGAGAGACACUCUGAUCAGCAGCUGUGGAGAGCAGCAGCACAAAAUGAUUCUAAUAUUUAGACUUGUAUAAAAUACACAGUGCUUGUGACUGAAAAUAAUAAUUAAUUUUUAAGAACUAGCAUGACUUAUUGACAGUUUUAACAUAAAUUCAUAUUUAUCCAGCCUACCUCCAAUCUCUAUAAGCUAUGAUUCCAUAUUUAUCAUAUUAGCUUUUAAAGUAAAAAAGGAGGGGUUUAUGUUUAUCUUUUCUUUCUCUGACAGCUUGAAAUUAGAAGUUUCCACACAAAGAUGCUAAUUAUAGCAAAUAUCAAGUUCAAAAAUACAAUGCUAAUAACCAGUGUUUUUUGAUAAAAUAUAGUAUGCCAGUUAAUAUGGAGAUAAGGAACAGAAAUUUGCAUUCUUUUUUCUGAGCAAUGGGCAUGUUAGUUUCUCUUUUAAUUUUAUUUCUAAGACUACAAAAUACAAUUAUGCUUCUAAUUUAAGAGGACCAUAUAAUACUUAACUAGAGAAAGGGAUGCAUAUAAGGAAAUGCUAAUCUCCAAACUGGUGAAUGCAACUGAUUUUCCCACACUUGGAUCUACACUCGGGCAUGCAUAUUUAAGGAAGUAGAAACUCAGUUUAGUUCAAGAGAAUGUGGACAUUAGUGUAGAUACAACUUGCAUAAAUGAUUCUCUCUGUAAGCCAUGUGCCAUAGAUGCAUAUUAUCACUCUGCAUUGCCGUAAAAGCAAUAUUUAAAGAAAGAGGUAUAUACCAGUCUGUGAUGGAAGAAUACAUUUUUUUCAAUAGUAUUUCUACAAUUAUUUAAAAUUAUUCCUAGAUAACAAAGGGCACAGUGUAACAUUCUGUCUUUUAUACUGAUCUACUGUGUUCAUCAGCAAGUUUUAGAGACUAGAAUUUGGCCAAUAUUUCUAUAAUAUCUGUGUAAUUUUUAAGAUGAUCAUGUCAUGGUCAACAGCAGAACCUAUCUUGUGUUGGAAUGCCUUCACAUUUUUCAAAGGGCAGACUUCAUUUAUUUGCAGGUGCCCCACUCUUUGUGCACCCUGUGUGAACACUUUAUCUUUUAAUUUAAUGAAUUUUCAGAUUCUUGUCGUAUUCAUUUGAAAGGUUGGCACUUGCUUUCUUUUUAUGUUAAAUAUAUAUUCUAGAUAAACCAAUAAUGUGUUUGUAUUUUCAUAUGUCGUGGAAAUGAGUCAUGAAUAGGUCAUUUUAUAUUAGCAUUUGAAGAAAUAUCGCAUUCAUUUUAUUUUGUGUAAAUCAUAUUCAUCGUGCACUGUAUGUAUAUUUUGUUGAAAUAAAUAUGAUUUUAUUUUUA